AUGCUAGGGGGCAGUAGCAUCAAAGUGUUUUCUGGCACCAGCCAUCCUGAGAUUGCAGAGCUUAUCGCUCACAGAAUUGGUCUACCGCUGUCGAAAGCACUCGUCACUCGCAAUGGGGCCGGAGAAACUUCAGUCCGUCUCGGAGAGUCUGUUCGCGAGGCCGACGUAUACAUCGUUAACACUGGUUGUGGACCACCUGGACUCUCUGUGAACGUUUCCCUCAUGGAGCUGUGCAUCAUGAUCCAUGCUUGCAAGAUUUCGAGUGCUAAAAGGAUCACUGCCGUUAUACCACUCUUUCCCUAUGCUCGUCAAGACAAAAAGGACAAAAGUCGUGCUCCAAUAACCGCAAAGCUUGUUGCAAAUAUGUUGCAGAACAGCGGUUGCAACCAUGUCAUUUUAUACGCCGAACCCUCCGUUCUCCACUAUAUCCGACAAAACUUCAAUAUCAAAGAUGUAGUCAUUGUCUCUCCAGAUGCUGGAGGUGCAAAACGAGCCACUUCAAUCGCCGAUCGGCUCGGGGUAGAUUUCGCCAUCUUUCAUAAAGAGCGGAAGAAGGCUAACGAAGUCUCGCGUAUGGUGCUCGUCGGACAAUGCGAGGGCAAGAUUGCGAUCCUUGUCGAUGACAUGGCGGAUACAUGUGGCACCAUAUGCCUCGCGGCACACCAUCUCGUCGAGGGCAAAGCUUCACGAGUCAUCGCUAUUGUAACACAUGGAAUCCUGUCCGGUGACGCACUCAAGAAGAUUGAGGCAACAAAAGGUCUCGAAAAACUGGUGGUGACAAACACCAUACCACAACAUGAUAACCAACGCGCUUGCAACAAAAUUGAAGUCAUCGAUAUCGCUUCGGUCCUGGGUGAGGUCAUUCGACGUAGCCACUACGGCGAGAGCGUCUCCAGACUGUUUCACGAAGUCCCCUACUAG